AAGAUAUUUUUAGUAAAAAAGUAAGAAAUUUCGUAAUUUGCGCAUAAAUUUUGUAAAAAAAAUGUUUAUCAACAUUAAAACUGCUUUUAAAUAAUUAAAAAUUAUAUAAACAAAAUGCCUAUAGAUGGUAGAGAAUUAAUUGAGGCCAUUUCUGUUUUGGCCGAUGAACAAAAUGUCCGUGUUACUGUAAAACAAUCGGGCAAAGGAGCUAUUAUUUGUGGUGCUUGCUGUUUUGCUGGUGGUCUUUUAUUGGGACCAGCAGGUCUGGCUAUUGGUGGUGCGGCUGGAGGUGUUGUGGCUUAUAAUAUGACAAAAGGUUCUUUCCGUCCUUUGGGUGAUGUCAUUAUCAAUGAUUUGAGUGAUACACAAAAAGAACAACUUGUUCAACAUGUUACCAAAGCUGUCCAGGAUGUCCAUCCCACCGAUUUGGUUAUGUUGCUGCCUUUAAUUAUGAAUAAUGUGUCGAUACAGCAGGCUGUUUUAAAAACAGUUGUUAGUUUUGUUUCAAACGAACUGCGUCUGCAAGUUAUUGACUAAUAAAGCUUAUGGGUUCGAGGGUUAAAGUUUGUAUCUAUGUUUAAUUUAAAAUAUUGUUUAUAUAUUAUGUUUUUAUUUAAAUAUUGUAAAUAUUGAAAGAUUUAUAAAAUCAAUUUUAAUGUAAAAUGAAGAAAUACAAAAAUUUUCAAGAAUUUCU